AUGAGAUGUCACAAUGACACCGCAUGCCGCUCUGGGGAGAAGUGCUGCCCCCGCGGCUGCUGCACCCGCUGCSUGCUUGCUGAGCCAGCCAAGCCCGGGUUCUGCCCACGGAAGCGUGCCCACGGGAGCGCUGCUGCCUGCCCCAACCGCUGCACCGAUGACCGGGACUGCCCUGGGGAACACAAGUGCUGCUUCUCUGGCUGUGGGCUGGCCUGCACCCCUCCGGACACAGAGAGCCACCGUGCCAUGGCGAAGCCCGGCAUGUGCCCCGUGGUGCUGCGGGGCUCCUUGGGGCCCUGCUUGGAGCUGUGUGACACCGACCRUGACUGCCUUGGACACGACAAGUGCUGCACCACCGGCUGUGGCCACAUCUGCAAAGYACCCAGCAACGGUAAACCAUCGACACCCUGUGGGACCAUGACCCUGUCCCCYUCCCUACCCUGUCCCCGUGACCCUCCCGCGGGCAGCACAGCCUAG